AUGUUGCUUCCAGUUUCCGGCAACCAGUCGACCGAACUCGAAAGCCCUACAAAGCGGCCUAAUAAAUCCCGAAGCCUUAAAUCCAGAGUAAAAUCAUCCCUAUCCGACCUUACUCCAAUCCGUCGCACUUUACUCUUGCUCGUAAUCCUUUUCCACGUAUCCCUCGUCUUAUACCUUACUCGUACACACAAUCCCUCACCAUCCUUUUCAAAUAUCUCAUCGAACACUUACGGCAGCUUGCCGCGCAAAUCCUGCGAUUCCCGUCGCAUCUACGUCUAUGAUCUCCCCCCGAUGUUCAACAACGACCUCUUGACCAGUUCCAACACAAAUUUAAACAACAGCUUCGGACAUCCGGCCGGAGAGCUAGCCGGGAUCGUACCGGAGAGUAUUCUCCCGGCGUGGUACUGGACCGACCUUUCUUGGGGCGAGGUGGUGUACCACAACCUGAUGCUGAACUACAAGUGCCGAACACUAGAGCCGGAAUCCGCUACGGCGUUCUACAUACCCUUUUAUGCUGGGAUCGCUCUGAGAAUGUACUCGUGGGGCAGCUAUAAUGCGACGGACCGGGGUUGGCAUCCUGAGAAGUUGAAUAGGUGGCUCCAGGAACAGAAAUGGUGGAAGAGAUCCAAGGGCUCCGAUCAUAUCAUCAUGCUUGGACGGAUUACAUGGGAUUUUCGACGGUCGAGAGAGGCUUCGGACGCCGAGUGGGGGUCCAGUUUGCUCAAUCUGCCGGCGAUGGAAAACGUCGUCCGUCUGGCCAUCGAGCGAAACGUUUGGGACAACUUGGAAAUCGCUGUACCCUACCCUACCGCAUUCCACCCCAGGUCAGAAUCCGAUAUCGCCAGGUGGCAGGGAUUCGUCCGGAGCCGCCGCCGGAACCACCUCUUCUCCUACGUCGGCGACGCUCGCGAAUGGAUCGAGAACGAUUUCCGAGGUGUUUUAAAGAACAAGUGCCUCGAGGAGUCAACCGCGUGCCGCCACGUGGACUGCGGCCGGGAAAACUGCAUCGACGGGAAGACGGCGGUCAUGGAAGCGUUUCUCGACUCCGAUUUCUGUCUCCAGCCGAGAGGGGCGGGAUUCACGGGACAGUCGGUAUUCGAGUGCAUGUUGGCCGGUUCAAUACCGGUAUUUUUCUGGGGACGGACCGCUUACAUGCAAUACGAGUUAUUCUUGCCGAGUGAACCCGAGAGUUACUCUGUUUUUAUACACCGUAACGACGUGCGCAACGGAAGGGAUAUAAGGAGAGUGUUGGAAGGGUUUGGGAGAGCGGAAGUGGAGAGGUUGAGAGAAAAAGUAAUAGAAUAUAUACCGAGAUUUGUGUAUGCGAAACCGAGUCAACGGUUUAGGAAAAUGAGAGAUGCUUUUGAUUUUGGUAUUGAUGGGGUAUUGAGCAAAUACAAGUCUCACAUGGAGAGGGGUAGGAGGACUGCAUGCGAAUCGGGAUCGAUGAAAUAUGAAUGA